AAUGGUAUCCAGCAUAUAAACCAACAUAAUGUGUAAUUAAACAAAUGUAUCUAAAGCUGAAGCUAAUAGUGGCAAUAUGAAUAAAGAGAACAAGGAAAAUCAAUGUUUUGAAGUGCGUGAAAGCCCAGUCAAAACACCUCUAAAACAAAAGGCUGCCCCCAAUUUGCUUUUGGCAGAGAUCCAGCCUGCUGCUUCUGACCAUCUGACAACACCACCAAAGCCCAAUGAAAGUACUUCUGGUGAUCCAUGGACCCCAACCGCUAACCUUAAAAUGCUGAUUAAUGCAGCUAGUCCUGAGAUUAGAAAUCGAGAACAGGGAAAAAAAUGGUCCGAUAAUAAAAGCGAAGGCCUUGAGGAUCAUUUGUCAGGAGAAGAAUAUGAAAAGUCUCAACCAAGCCGUAAAGAGAAAAGCCUUGGAUUGCUAUGUCAUAAAUUCUUAGCUCGCUAUUCCAGUUACCCCAAUUUUUCUAAAAACAACGAAAUAUGUCUUGAUCAGGUAGCAGAAGAUCUAAAUAUUGAGCGCAGGCGAAUCUAUGACAUAAUGAAUGUAUUAGAAAGUCUUCACAUGGUGAGCCGAUUUGCCAAAAACAGGUAUUCCUGGCAUGGGCGUCAUAAUCUUAAAAAAACACUGCAGGCUUUGAAAAAAGUAGCUGAGGAAAGCAAGUACUCGGAACAAAUCGAACUGACUAAAAAAGGAAAAAAUAGGCAAGAGGAUGAAAACACUGGCCAGAAUAUUGAAUGGAUGCCAAAGCACGCUAGGUCAAAUUAUCACACAGAUUUUGUGGAACUUCCUGGGAUGGAACUUCAAGCAGCUUCAGUAACUAGUCGUAAAGACAAGUCUUUAAGAGUGAUGAGCCAGAAAUUUGUAAUGUUGUUUCUUGUGUCAUAUCCCCAAGUUGUGAGCCUUGAAGUUGCUGCUAAAAGUUUGAUUGGCGAAGACCAUUGUGAAUCACUGGAUAAAAGCAAGUUUAAAACUAAAAUUCGAAGACUAUAUGAUAUUGCUAAUGUUCUCAGUAGCCUUGAGCUCAUCAAGAAGGUUCAUAUUGUAGAAGAGAAGGGCCGCAGACCAGCAUUUAAAUGGAUAGGACCAAAUGUUUUUUCUGAUAUUAAAGAUACCCAGCCAAAAUUGGAUGCAAUGCCACUUGCUGUGGAAGAUAAAUCUUUUAAAGAGCGUUGUUCUAAGAAUCUCUUCCCUAAUAAUAGCAAACAAUUUUUCACACGGCAUCCGUCUUUGAUAAAACUGGCAAAGAGUAAAGAAAAUGAUUUGAGAAAGAGUCAUUCGGCUCCAGGCAGCCCUGUCAAAAAACAUUCAGACUCAAAUCGUUCAGCUUUUCCAAGCAAGAUGGCUCAACUUGCAGCAAUAUGCAAGCAACAAUUAGAUGAACAAUCAAGGGAAUGUAAAAAGGUAAAAAAGAAAUUGGAAGACACUUCGCCUUCUGAAUCUCAUCGGAAGCCCAAAGCAGUCUUGUUACCUUCUCAAGCUACGAUCUUAUCCCCGACCUCCAACUCAAUACUUCCCCCUGUCUUUUCUACUCUGCCACCUACAGCAUAUCUGAAUCCGUCCCAAGUACAGAUAGUGACCACAUAUCCAAGUUACAUGGUAUAUCCUGUUUCUGCUACUAAUGUGACCAAAAUUAAGACUCCUGUGGAAACUCUCGCUGAAACAUUUACUAAAGACAGUUUUAACGAUUGGAAAAAAGCUGAAGAGCUGCAACUCUGGCUAACUAAGGAACCCAGUGGAACAACAGAUGAUUUGAUAUCUGGGAAAUGUUUUAAAAGAUCUAACCUUCUACUAGAGGAUAGUCCAAAUAAAAAAUAUAAGAGUGAAAAGAUGGAACUUCAAGAUUCACUACCGGGUAAGUCUGUUAAAGAUAAAAAUCACCAAGGUUCUGUAACUUCUCGUGUAAAUCAGGAAGUCUUAAUUUCACCAGUAACUAAGCAAAAUAAACAUGUACACAGAGAAGUGAAACUCAGUUGUGAACAGGAGGAGCAGGGAGAUACUUUUAAAUAUGAUCAACUCAGCAGGGCACAGAAAAUGCCUCCAAGAUUUGCAGCUCCUCUACCAAAGGAACCAGGAAACUAUGAGUUCUGUAGUCCUAUUACCUCUCUUACGUUUCCUCAGGAUUUCAAAGUCCCCAGUGACGUUGCUGUGUCCAGUAAGGAGAAAACAGAGUUUUUUUCAGUGGAAAAGAAAUCCUACAGUUCUUCCAAUCUAGGUCAAAUUCCAGUGACAUCUAAUUUCCCUACUUUUCAUAUAACACCUCUUAACCUAAUGCUACCACCACCUUCUGUAGCAACAACAUCCUCAGGAAACGGUGCUGUUGCGUCAGUCCAGGUUAACCCUACCCCGCCUCAGAGCACCUUAGUUCUGAACAUUAUGCUACAACAGUUAGGAAUGAUGCCAGCCAAUGUACAGAUGUCUGCAGAUCACCUACAUCGAUCCGCUUUCAUCUGUCAAGGAGCAGAACAUGUUAGUCCUGUCCCAGUAAGUGUAGGUUUGCAGCAAGCGACUGUAUCGCAGAACGUCUUACUAAGGGAUUACCGAGAUUUACAUGAAGAAUUGGUUCCAACCACUCCUCAGGAGACAAGUGUUCCUAUGACAUUCAAAGAUUCUAAGAAAGGCAAUGAAACAUCAAGUGAUCGAAGCCUAGAUCCUGGCUCUCAUUGA